GUACAUAAACUCAUACAAUCUAUCCAAGGCCGAAGGAACAUUUCCCUUAAAGCCAAAUGACAACAAGAUGUUUCAAAAAGGUUGAUGGACGCCAUGUCGGUGAAAAGCGUCUGGAUCUUGGUUUUGGUAAUGGGCUUUGCGGGAAACUAUGCGUCCACCACACCGGGUCGAAAACCACUUUACAUCGGUGGACUUCUUCCACUGACCAAGGGGUCUUCCCCGGACUUCGGGCCUACAGCUUUUGCUGGAUGUAAACUAGCUGUUGAUGAUAUCAAUAAUAGGAGUGAUGUACUACCAGAUUACGAACUUAUAGUGAAUUGGACUGAUACGCAGCACAACCUGCCCAUCACCCUGAAUAAGCUUUAUGAGUUCAUCUACAACCCACCAGUGAAGGUGGCAAUAUUUGGUCCAUUAUUCUCAUCUAUCACUGAGGUCUUAGCUGAGGUCAUCGGACAAUGGAACAUCACUCAGAUAUCACCAGGAGCGUCUACCCCUGUCUUGACUGACCGAGUCAAAUUCCCUCAUGUCUACCGAAUGUUAACCUCUUCUGCCGCCUUUGGAACGGCUCAAGCUGGAAUAGUAAGACAGUUCGGAUGGACAAAGAUUGCAACAUUGAAUACGGCAACAGAGCCGCAUAAAGGGAGAAUAAACAGUUUAAAAGACGAGGAGUCUGAGAGUAAUUUUACUGUAAUCAUCUCGGAGAGUUUCCUGACCGAUCCACUCGAUGCUUUAAAACGACUCAAGGCUGAAGAUGCAAGGAUAAUUGCUACCAGUUUUUACGAAGAAGAAGCUAAGAAAGUGUUCUGCAGCGCUUACAAACUGGACAUGUAUGGAGCUAACUACGUGUGGAUGAUCCCAGGUUACUAUUCGGCUAAUUGGCAAGAUGAUGUUGAAGGUUUAGAUUGCACGGCUGAGCAGCUUAGAGAAGCUACGGAAGGAUAUCUUACGGUCGCCUUCAUGAUGUAUGGUAACAGCGAAGAUGUUGGAAGAUGCGGACGGACACCUUCAGAGUUCAGGCAUAAGAUGGAGGGUGAACUGGCUGUGAAUGUUACCUUAAGCGACCCAGGUUUCGCAGCUAUGGGUUAUGAUGGAAUCUGGGCCUUAGCAUUAGCAAUGCAUGAUGUUCAGAAUGAGAUACCAAUGGGUUUAGACUCGUAUAAGUACGGUGAUGGGGAGUACGCAACGCUGGUAGGAGACAGUAUUCUACGGCAGGAGUUUGACGGCAUGUCGGGUCCAAUAUUGUUCACAGAUGGCGGCUAUCGGCUAGGGAAUCUUCUCAUAGAGCAAAAUGUCAAUGGAGAAGAGGUUCUCAUUGGUAGCUAUGACAACAUUCAAAACAUGAUCACAUGGGUUGUACCUACUGAUAGUUUGUGGUAUUACAGUGGAGGAACCAAACCAUUCGACUCUGACGUCACCGAAACGAUCACCACCCUUCAAGCCACGCCCCUUCCUCUUGUGAUUGUCGUAUCCUUCUUGUCCGUCCUUGGGAUCAUUCUUGCCACACUCUUUCUUUGUUUUAAUACAUGGAAGCGAGAACAUAGACAAAUCAAAAUGUCGAGCCCCAAAGUGAACAACAUCAUUUCGUGCGGAAUCAUGUUUGCUUACAUUUGUGCUGCGCUACUUGGAAUUGACAACUCAAUGGCGGAAGAGGGAGCACUGCAGAAAGUUUGCCAGCUUCGGUCUUGGUUGAUCCCACUAGCUUUUACGCUAGCCUUUGGAGGUAUGUUCACAAAGAUGUGGCGGAUUUAUUCAAUCGUAAUUGCCAACAAGACUAAACGAAAGGUGAUCAAGGACCGAUAUCUCUUUGGUAUUAUUGUUGUGCUGCUUUUGGUAGAUUUCGCAAUCCUCAUCCCAUGGCAGAUCAUUGAUCCCAUUCAAAUCGAGAAAAUAACAUACCCUAUAACUCAGACGCAGGACGAUAUAGAAAACCAUAAGAAGCGUGAAUUGCUUCACGUCAAUUGCACAUCCGAAAAUAACACCAUAUGGAUCAUGAUGAUGCUAAUCUACAAGGCGUUUGUCGUCGUGUUUGGAGCUUUUCUUGCAUGGUCAACACGAAACAUCAACGUUCCCGGUCUGAACGAUAGUUACUACGUAGGUCUAUCAAUCUAUAACACCGUCAUCUGCUGUGUCGUUGCUGUGCCGUUAUCUUUUCUCUCAGUGUCUUCAAUUGGAGUCACUUAUGGCCUAGUUUCAUGCUUUAUGCUGUUCUGCAUUACAGUGUCACUUUGUAUGCUGUUCCUUCCUAAGGUAUUUGCUGUUUACCGUAAGAUUGAUGCUGAAGGAGGCACAGUGUCUGGCAUGAUUACCUUUGCGGCACCGAAAGGACCUAGAAAUGGAGGGGCUACAGUUGAGGCAGUAGCCACAACAAGUGGUCAAAUUGAGUCAUUAGCUCAGAAAUGAUGAAAAUCCACAUUGGACCU